CCAGGGACAGACAGCAAAGUGCACGGCUGCAGCUCCCACGCUGGGGGCAUCUGGGUCUCUGUCUCGUGCUGCAAGUCCAGGGGCCGCUGGGGAGGGCGGGGACUGGGCCAGGCCAGGGGGCCCCACGUUCUCUAGGGUCCCUGGGGACGCAGCUGUGGCCGUGCAAACAGGGAGCUGUGAGCGGGCUCUGAGCGCUGGCUGCGGUGCCCGGGUCCUUUGUCCUCGGGAGCUGCCCCUUGGGGUUGGCCGCCCCAGAGCUGGGGAGGAGGGCGGUGGGCUUCCCACAGCUGGGGGAGUGCAGGAGCCGAGCUGCGGCCGCUCAGCUGGAGCCAGGCUCUGCGCCUGUGAUCCGAGGGACAGGAAGCGGCUAGCCACGCAGUCAAUGAGAGGCCCCGGCUCUGAGUGGCAGCCCUGGAGCCCCGCCCCAGGCUCUCAAUUGCACGAGACCCUCACCAGGACCCAGCCAGCGUUUGCCGGAGCCACCCGCUGGGUGCUGGGCCCCCCACCCGCAGGCUGCAGGCUGGUUCCCCCUUUCCCGGCGCUGGGUUCUAGGGAGGCCACGGCCCAGAGGACUCUCCGGCUUGCCACAGCCAUGGGGCCAGGGAUGGCGCUCUGGGGACCCCCGCUGCUGACGGUGCUGACGCUGCUCGCAAGGCCCCCCAGCUCCUGGGGGGCCCGGAUCGUGGGGGGCCGCGAGGUGACCCCGCACUCCCGGCCCUUCAUGGCUGCGGUGAGCUUCGAGGGCCAGCAGCACUGUGGGGGAUUCCUGCUACGAGCCGGCUGGGUGGUCUCGGCAGCCCACUGCUUCCACGGCAGAGACCCCCGCUCGGGCCUGGUGGUUCUGGGGGCCCACGCCCUGCACACCCCGGAGCCCACCCAGCAGGUGCUUGGCAUCGCAGCCGCCUUUGGGCACCCAGAGUACCGGCCCUCCACGCACGCCAACGACAUUUGCCUGCUGCGGCUGAACCGCUCUGCCGUCCUGGGCCCGGCCGUGGGGCUGCUGCGUCUGCCGCGCACGGGCGCCAGGCCCCCCGCGGCCGGGGUGCGGUGCCGGGUGGCCGGCUGGGGCUCCAUAUCCAGUUUCGAGGAGUCGCCGGCAGGGCUGAUGGAGGCCGAGGUGCGUGUGCUGGGCCUGGACGCCUGCAACAGCUCCUGGAAGGGUCAGCUCGGCCCCACCAUGCUCUGCACCCGCAGCGGCGACCGCCGGAGGCGUGGCUUCUGCACGGGGGACUCCGGGGGACCUCUGGUAUGCAGGAGCCGGGCCCACGGCCUGGUCUCUUUCUCAGGCCUCUGGUGUGGGGACCCCAAGACCCCAGACGUGUACACACAGGUGUCAGCCUUCGUGGCCUGGAUCUGGGAGGUGGUUCAGCAGCCCGGCCCUGCACCCCGGCCCCCUGGGCCCCUAGGAGGAGCCGCCAAAGCCACGCCUCCACAGGCCAAGCCUCCGUUUCUGGACCGCAAGCCACCCAGCGUCUUGGGGACUCCCUGAGCUAUGCUGCCGCCCACCCCACCCGCAAUGGCGUCUCCUUCCCUCCCCACCUCACCCAGGGUCUCAGCCUCCCCGGAGACCCUGCCCUGGCCGGCCCGCCCGCGAGAGGCAGUAAAGGGCGCUCCGGGA